CCGCCUGCCCGCCCCCGUGUGGCCGCUCCUGCCGGCGCGCUGCGAGGGGCGGCCAUGGCGGACACCGAGAAGCUCAACCUCGACUCCAUCAUCAGCCGCCUCCUGGAGGUCCAAGGGUCACGGCCAGGGAAGAACGUUCAGCUGACGGAGAACGAGAUCCGAGGGCUGUGCCUCAAGUCCCGGGAGAUCUUCCUGAGCCAGCCCAUCCUCCUGGAGCUGGAGGCUCCACUCAAGAUCUGCGGUGACAUCCACGGGCAAUACUACGAUCUGCUGCGGCUCUUUGAGUACGGGGGGUUCCCCCCUGAGAGCAACUACCUGUUCCUGGGGGACUACGUGGACAGGGGCAAGCAGUCACUGGAGACCAUCUGCCUCCUGCUCGCCUACAAGAUCAAGUACCCUGAGAACUUCUUCCUGCUGCGGGGCAACCACGAGUGUGCCAGCAUCAACCGCAUCUACGGCUUCUACGAUGAGUGCAAGAGAAGGUACAACAUCAAGCUCUGGAAGACCUUCACUGACUGCUUCAACUGUUUGCCCAUCGCCGCCAUCGUGGACGAGAAGAUCUUCUGCUGCCAUGGAGGGCUGUCUCCAGACCUGCAGUCCAUGGAGCAGAUCCGUCGCAUCAUGAGGCCCACGGACGUGCCGGAUCAGGGGCUGCUGUGUGACCUGCUCUGGUCAGACCCCGACAAGGACGUGCAGGGCUGGGGGGAGAACGACCGUGGUGUGUCCUUCACCUUUGGAGCAGAGGUGGUGGCUAAAUUCCUCCACAAACACGACCUGGACCUCAUCUGUCGGGCUCAUCAGGUGGUGGAGGAUGGCUACGAGUUCUUUGCCAAGCGCCAGCUCGUCACCCUCUUCUCAGCCCCCAACUACUGCGGCGAGUUCGACAAUGCGGGCGCCAUGAUGAGCGUGGACGAGACCCUCAUGUGCUCCUUCCAGAUUUUGAAGCCAGCUGACAAGAACAAGGGCAAGUACGGGCAGUUCAGCGGGCUGAACUCGGCAGGACGCCCCGUCACCCCUCCCAGGAACUCUGCCAAAGCCAAGAAAUGAGCUGGGACCCCUCCACACUUCCUCUGGUCCCCCCCCAACUUCACACCCUUCCAGACCCUCAGCAACAUCAGGUCACCUCUCUUUUGA